GGUGCAUCAUGGGACCUUUGAUCCAGCAAGUCUGUUUGUUGCAGAUGGAACAGAGACCGAGAGGCAAUCAACUUCUGAGUCAACCAGUACGCUGUAUGGUUUGGAUUCCAAAGUGUGGUUUGCUGGAUUUGUUACAUUUCUGAUCAUUAUUUUCCUGGGAGUGGUUUUCUUGGUAUGGUAUAAGUGCUGUAGAGGUACAAAUAUUUCUCCCCAUCCCAAGACGACUAAGACAGUUUCAAUGAAAGAUGCGAAUAUGAAUUUGGACCUCCCACUCAAUGAGGCACGCUCACAUGAAGUGGAUGUUGUUCUAGAUGGAAAAACAGCUCACUCUCAGCUGAAGAUAUCACACAAUGGGAAAGUUGUGGAGUGGGUGACACAAAAAGGAGAACGACAGACAGAGAUUGACAAGAAUGACAUUGACAAGCAUUUUGAUGAAGACCCCUACGUGUUGGGCAGUAUGGUCCGUGCUAUGAGGGCCUACUGGGAGGUGUGUGUAAAGGAGAACAAGGACUGGGUACUUGGUGUUACCAGGGCAACAGCUAGCAGGAAAGGACAGUUGGUUCUCAGCCCUGACAAUGACUUCUGGGUAGUCAGGAUCUCCAAUGGCAAAAACCUUCAAACAUUCAUGGGUGAUGAUGUCCUUAAAGAAAGAAUUCCACACCGAGUGGGUAUCUAUGUGGAUUAUCAGGAAAGGAAGGUGACUUUCUACAAUGCAGAAGACAGCUCACUCAUCUACUCAUUUACCAACGGACCAAGUUAUGAGGAUGAUGCCCGCCCACUUUUCUCACCCUGGAAGUAUGAAAAACAGCCCAUCACAAUUUUGUAAAUUGAAACUAAACAUGUGAAAUAAUGUAAAGCAUGAAAGGAUGCCCUCUACAUCUGUCAGUAGGCUACUUUAUUGUGAUGGAAAGCUUAACUUGGCUGAGUGGUCUUAUACAAGUAAUUAAUGGGAAUAAUUACCACUUCAGUAAUAUUUAGGCAUGUGCAUGAAAUUGUUGAAAAUGUAGGAUAUUUUUUGCUUAUUAUAGAAAUGGAUUUCUAUCUCAAAUGUACUUUAUAUUCUUCAACUUUGUUGAAUGUAAUACAGCUAUUUCAGUUGUAUUUUUCUCAAACCACACGGAUAUUAGAAGAGAAAUCAUGCAUAAUGUAUAUAUAAUAUUAUGCCUCCUUUCAUACACAUAUGCUGUACACUGUAUUGAUUUGUGAAAAAUAAAAUAUUCCUUUUAAUACUUGAA